UCACUUUAAGGGCUCCUUAAGGCCAGCCCUCUUCCGUCUCUCGGACCACUUUCGUAUUUGAGGUGGUCUCGAUAUCCUGUGAAUGAUUUCCACAUUUGGAAUCGAAAAGAACAUCGGCCGGCUAUUUUGAAAAAUGCCGAGUUUUACGAGAUUUUACAAGUAUGCCCUCGGAGGGCUCGGCGCCGUAGGUAGCGCCUACUUCGUGUAUUAUAAUAUGUACGGACAUCCUGAACAGGUGCAAGUUUGCAAUUGGACCUCAUUGGAGUACUCAAGGAAGUGGGACAAUAAUUGGGAUAGAAGAGACCCCAAAAGUUUAAUGAAACCGAUGCAAGUAAGGAACGAGGAAGACGAGAAUAGGUAUAACAAACAGCUGGCCGCUUACAAACCUAAGGCCGUGAAACAUUAUUUUCUUAUACGGCACGGACAAUAUAAUAGAGAUGGAAAGAGGGACUCGGAGAGAGGACUUACUCCUCUAGGCAGAUUGCAAGCCGAAGCGACUGGGAAGCGCUUGGCCGAGCUGGGAGUACCUUAUACAUUAAUUGUUAAAUCGACGAUGACUCGGGCUCAAGAGACUUCAAAAAUCAUAGAACAGAGUCUCGCGACUGUAAACGUUGAACACGAUAAUCUUUUAACGGAGGGUAAUCCUUAUCCCCUUGACCCAUUAUCUGGAGUGUGGAGGACGGAGAGAUCGUACUUUGUAGACGGCCCCAGAAUAGAAGCAGCUUUUAGGAGGUACCUUCACCGGGCAGAUCCUAGUCAGAAACAAGAUUCCUAUACCGUUCUCGUUUGCCAUGCAAACGUUAUUCGAUACUUCGUCUGCAGAGCGCUUCAAUUACCUCCUGAAGCUUGGAUUCGUAUAUCCCUAAAACAUGGAAGUAUUACAAUGCUCAGUAUCUAUCCCAAUGGGAAAGUAACGCUACACUUUCUUGGAGACUGUGGACACAUGGAGCCUAAAUUGCUAACGACGUAAUUUGUAUUUCUUUUAGUACCACGCUGUAAAUACACAGUUCUAUAAGAAGAAAUGAGUUUAAUUUUCAAUCAACAGGUCACGAUCGUUGAAGUUAACGUAAAGAAGACCUACACGAAAGACGGAUCAAAAGAGACUGCCGACUUCUUCGAUAACAUGCUUUGAUGUGACGAACUUUACUUAAUUUUGUGUGACAUCUGUAUGAUACUUACCAGCAACGGAUCUUUUUUUUUACAUUUCAGUACCGAACUGACAGAUGUGACAGAAAACAGUUAUUAAUGGCGUAUCACGGUCGCUAUCGAGUGUAGAGCUAUUAUUUAAAUCUGGUAUUUGAUACAAUUCCAAACGGAAGAGAAGUCAUUAAUAACUUGUACUACAUUUUGUAUUUUAUAUUACUAAAGUCUAGAAUAAAAUUACUUUUAAUUUC